AUGUCGGAAGUCUCGGGACACAGGAGGCAGCCUAGCAUCGAACUACUGGAGCGAAUGGGUGUUGUUCGAGAAAAUGGCCAUGACCCACCACCGAAUUACAAUCCCCUCACAUACGACUAUGUGCUGGUUGCAAAAACAAGAGAGCACCUGGAUCGAGAGACCCUCAAGAAGCGAAACGAAUAUAUUGAGGAACUUAAAAAGAAGAAUUUUAAAAUUACAAAACUUAUAGACGAUGACCUGGUUUUCUUCGGUGUUCAAGCACCUCUGGAGAUUUUCGAGAAGUACAGAUAUUUGCUUAAGGUUUCUGAUGCCUGUAAUUGGAGUUCAGACCAGAACAAUUUGCCUCUCAGCACCAGAAUAAGAGUUGUCCACUUCAUCUUGAAUCACACACCUAUCGAGUCUGGAGAGGGUCUACGAGAACUCAUGAAGUCGAAAGUGUUUGAGGCGAGAUUUUGCCUGCAUGAGAAAAAGAAGCAGCGAGAGCUGACAGAGAGCUGGGCUCGAUGGACUGCUUGUUUCCAAGGGCAACCCAUUACUGCUGUCAGGAACUACUUCGGAGAGAAGGUGGCAUUGUACUACCUGUGGUUGGGCUGGUACACGUACAUGCUUAUCACUCCCGCUCUCAUCGGGGUCAUCGUUUUCCUCUACGGCAUUGCCUUCUUCAACACGUCGCCUCUCAUAAAAGAGGUCUGCGAUGCUGAUUUGGUCAUGUGCCCUCUGUGUGACAAGAGAUGCAAAGUGUGGCUGCUGUCUGACACGUGCACCUAUGCCAAGGUCAGCCUGCUUUUUGACAACGAUGGCACUGUGGUGUUUGCCAUGGUAAUGGCAGUAUGGGCCACACUGUUUUUGGAGUUCUGGAAAAGGCAUCGAACUUCAUAUGUGUCCGAAUGGAAGGUGUCUGAUUGGUGCGAGGAGGAGGAGGAACUAAUCUUGGAGAUUGUCAACAAUGUUAACUGUCAACCUAAGAAGUUCAAGCACUCCUAUCUACGCAGCUCUCUGGUUUUGAUCUGUGUAACAAUUAUGAUUCUGGUCAUCAUCGGUCUGACACAUGCGCUGGUGGUGUUCAGGGUGAUUGCAGCGGUCCAGUUGGCUGAGGGAUCAUGGGAGUUCAUUAACACGCAUGCCAACAGCAUAGCCAUGAUGCUGGGUGCCGUCCUCCAUUACCUAAUCAUCACAGUCAUGACACUGGUGAACAGGAUCGUAGCCAUGAAACUCUGUGAAAUAGAGAAAACUAGAUCCUUUGCUGCGACAGAGAGGAGUUUCACAGUCAAGAUGUUCACCUUUCAGUUCUUUACGUAUUUCUCCUCGCUUUUCUACGUCGCCUUUUUUCUCGGCAGGAUAAACGGCCAUCCUGGUCAUUAUGUGCGCAUUGCGAGUAAAUGGAGACUAGAAGAGUGUCACCCCAGUGGAUGUCUGACAGAUCUUUUUAUCCAAAUGGCCAUCAUAAUGGUCCUCAAGCAAACCAUUAACAAUGUCUUUGAGUUCACUGGCCCUUGGUUUGGCAAGUGGAUAAAAAGGAGAAGAACUAAAAAGCUUCAGAGAAGAUGUGCCCACUGCUACCUAAAAGAAGAAUCUCAGUCCAAACAUGGAGCCGAACUGUGCGAUAACUGCAAGCUGCGUGACUGGAUGAACAACUACCGCCUCAAUGAUGUCGACUCCUUCAGCCUCUUCAAAGAAUUCCUGGAGAUGGUGAUCCAGUUCAGCUUCACCACCAUAUUUGUGGCGGCGUUUCCUCUCGCUCCACUGCUGGCUCUCAUCAAUAACGUCAUUGAGAUUCGCCUGGAUGCCAUUAAGAUGGUCACUCUGGAGCGCAGACUGGUUCCGAAGAAAACCAAUGACAUUGGUGUGUGGAUUAAUUUGUUAGAGGCUAUCGGUGUGCUGGCUGUCAUCGCAAAUGGGUUGGUCAUCGGAGUGUCAUCGGACUUCAUCCCCCGACUGGUGUACCGUUACCGCUACGGACCUUGCGCCAAUGGCACUGUGACAGAUAUCGAUUGUAUGGUUGGCUACAUCAACAAUACACUAUCCAUUGCCACUGUGGAUAACCUGGAAAUCCGUAAGGAGUUUUCCCCUCAUCAGAUGGUAACUCCCAAUGGAAUGAAUGUCACUUCCUGCAGUUAUAAGGACUACAGGGACAGUGAGGAAUAUGAUCUCAAGCCACAAUUCUGGUUUAUUUUAGCCAUACGCUUUGCAUUUGUCAUUCUGUUUGAGCACAUCGUGGUCAUUUGCAAAUUUAUCGCGGCCUGGUUCGUACCGGCAGUACCCAUGCGAGUCAAGAAUGACAGUCUCUUUGAUAAACUCAAAAGACUAAAAGAAGAGCUCAGGUCACUCGAGGAGAGCCAACGCUGA